GUUACGUUCGCAUCCGCUCCGCCGCGCUGCCGCCGCCGCUGCUCAUUGCCCACCGGCAAACUUUUCCGACGUAGACGCGCUACGCGGUGCUACGGACUACGAGAUGCUCCACUGUUUUCACUGAACACAGGUGCAUUUUUACUGUGCAGUGAUAUUUGGUGAACUCGUGUUUUUUUAAAAACUUUAGUGCGCGAUGAGGGCUCGCCCCUCCGUUUUAUAACGAUGUCGGCUCUUGUCCGGUCCGUCUGGACGGCUCCGCUCACCACGACGGCACCGUCGUUGUCUCAAAUAAACAAAAGAAGGCUAGAGUUUGGUGUUGAUGUGGAAACUUUCAAAACUAGCGACAGAAGAGUAGAUCGUUUUGAAAGCGUGGACUCCAUGGAUGAGGAGGAGUUGGUUAAUAAGCGACGACGACGACUACUUGACGACGAACGACGUGAGGAACUAGACGCACGUCGUCGACCCCUACCUGCAUGUCGGCCACAACCGUUUCGACAGCAAGACGAAAUAGAAGAUACACUCAUUCAAGAAACACAAGCUGCUUUAAAAACUCUCUCUGGUAGUUGCUCAAGGGACCAAAGUUCGACUCAUAGCGGUGAUGAGAACGACGACGCAAACGGUUUUGAAAAUCUAUUUGAAGAUAAGCGCUCUGAUAAAAUGUUGCCGUCUUCCCCUUCACAAUCAUCUGAGAGUGCUGAUGCCUCACAUAAAAGUUAUUCCUUACACCGUCAAAUUGAAGAGCACAAUACGAAUGGGGCCAGCGAUACUGACGAUGGGAAGCAACUUCAAAGGUCUGAAAGGGAGAGAAGCAAUGAUGACUACGACAGGCACAACAAAUACUCCAAUAAUUACGACGCACCCAACUUCGACGAGUUCGUCGAUUCGUCUUCCAACGAACUAGAGAUAGAUAUGUCAGAUAGAAACGAAGAUAAAUACGAUGACGACAGAGAAAGUAACCAUAAACGAAAAAAUGAAAUGGUAUCUGUCAACAAACAAUCGUUGUAUAAUGCGUACAAGGCAGCAACAGCGUCUUUGCCUUAUUCUACACAGUCUGCUUUUAAGCCUCCGGCUGAAGUAAAACACAGGAUCCACGGGUCAAGUUUACCCAGCGAGCCUUUUGGUGGUUACUCGAACGACCACGAAAAGAGCUUACUCAAAAACUCGAAGCAAUACACGGUACUGCAGCCCGCUGGUGCAAGUUCGCGCGCUGCUACAGCGCUGCAAGAGGCGCGCACUGUGCCAUCCGCACAACCGCUGCGCGAUUCGCGACCUCUCGCCGCACUCUCCCCGCCAGUCGCCAGAGAAGGCAACAAGUGUCCUACUCCCGGCUGCAAUGGGCAGGGCCACGUCACCGGCCUCUAUACACACCACAGGAGUCUGUCAGGAUGUCCAAGAAAGGAUAAAGUUACACCGGAGAUUUUGGCGUUGCACGAGACGAUCUUGAAGUGCCCGACGCCCGGGUGUAACGGUCGCGGCCACGUCAGCUCUAACCGCAGCACGCAUCGCUCGCUCUCCGGCUGCCCCACUGCCGCCGCUAGGAAAGCAGCCGCCAGAAAUCAGAGAGCUAGACCCACAGUGUCUUUCUCAACAGUGCCCGCGCCGACGCCGCUGGUAGCACCAAGCGAGACCGCUAGCGCCGGCAGUAGCGGUAGCGGCUCACGCGACCGCGAGCCCGCGGCUUCGCCGCGUAGUCCCGCCGUGAAGCGCGAAGCUCCCGAGCUGCUCGUGCCCAAGCGCGAGGCCGCCGAGGCCGAGCGCGACUCCCCCACCAUGGAGACGCGCCACGCCGGCUACGGCGCGCCGCCCGACCAGCGAUCCCCCUACGAACGACCGCCGGACGACCACGUGCGGUCUUACAGUCAAAUGAAUGAAGCCCGGUACGGGUACGAAACUCGGUGCUACGAGGGCGCGCCGGCGUUCGAGCGAUACGACCCGGCGCAGUGCCCGCAGCGCUCUUACGGCUGGGAGGACGACCGGUACCACGACCCACACCUUCCCACGCCUAUGAAAACCGACCAGUCCGAGCAGGAAACCAACUCUGGACCCAUUUACCCUAGACCAAUGUACCACUACGAAACGAGUAGCGGAGUAGGCGGAGUGACCGCUAUGGGUCCCACUGUUGCCCCCGGAUUCUCGGCAAUCAAUCUGUCGGUGAAGAUCGCCGCGGCGCAAGCGCAGCGUCCGCGCACUCCCACACCUCGGGACCCCAGAGAUCCCCGUCCAGCCAUAGAUCUUUCCACGUCUAGUGGUAGUCCACAGGGUCCAUACGCAUCACCGGUGUACACAAGCGCCGGUGGCGGCAGCGGGGGCGGAGCCCGAGGCAGCCCGCAGCCGGGCGCUUCGCCCCAGCUCACCGCCAGCGCCCAGGUGCCCAGUCCGCAGGGCCAGACCCUCGACCUUAGUGUGUCCCGUUUACCACAUAGUCGAGGCUUCCCUGGUGGAGUGUCAUAUAGUCGAGAAUCAACGCCGGACAGUGGAGGAAGCCAUCCUUACUUAGAAGCUUAUCAUCGAGACACAGCUGGCUACGGCGGCGUGAGUCCUCAUCCAGUAGCAGGCUACGGUCUCGCCCAGCCCGAUUAUGCAGCAGCUGCGGCUGCGGCGGGUUACGGUGGUUAUCAGUACCAGUGCGGGGCCUACCCCCCGCCACCCGCAUAUCCCCCGCACGCACCCCCUUACUCACCACCGUGCUACAUGCCGCCACCACACGCGCCCCAUGAUAAACCUAAGGAUACCAGUCUGUAUAUGUACAGCCUGUCGGGAUGCCCGCGCGCCGACCGCAGCCAGCUACAGCCACAUUCGCAGGAACUCAAAUGUCCCACACCUGGUUGCGAUGGAUCGGGACAUGUCACCGGCAACUACUCCUCCCACCGCUCGCUUUCGGGCUGCCCUCGAGCUAACAAACCGAAAAGCAAGCCGAGGGAUGGACAAGACUCGGAACCUCUCAGAUGCCCUAUACCGGGCUGUGAUGGAUCUGGACACGCUACAGGGAAAUUCUUAUCGCAUCGAAGUGCCUCUGGAUGCCCGAUCGCGAAUCGCAACAAAAUGCGAGUGCUAGAGAGCGGUGGAACCGUGGAACAACAUAAGGCUGCCGUGGCCGCAGCGGCCUCUGCCAUCAAAUUUGACGGAGUCAAUUGCCCCACACCAGGCUGUGACGGCUCAGGGCAUAUCAACGGCUCCUUCUUGACGCACCGCUCGCUCUCUGGCUGUCCAGUAGCUGGCGCAGCUACACCGACUCCACAGCCAAAAAAGCCAAAAUAUCCAGAUGACAUCACGCCGUUAUAUCCUAAGCCAUAUUCAGGUAUGGAGAUGAACAUGCAGACAGGCAACGGUGAAGACCUGAUGACUUUAGAGCAAGAGAUCACCGAGUUGCAGCGGGAGAACGCCCGCGUGGAAUCCCAAAUGAUGCGCCUAAAGUCUGAUAUCAACGCCAUGGAGACGCAUCUCAGUCACGGAGAACGCGAGAAUCAAUUGAUAUCGCAGCGGAACAACAAUCUGAAUGAGUACUACGAGAGUCUGCGUAACAAUGUGAUUACGUUACUGGAGCACGUCCGGAUUCCUGGCGGAGGAACGGUGCCGGUGACUUCCGCCAGCGGACCUCCUGGUGCUCCCCCGCCGCCGGGCCCCGGGGAGAAACCAGCUCACGACAACUUCGACUCGUACCUUACCAAGCUGCAGACCCUGUGCUCGCCGGACGGGUACUGCCCCGACGAAAACCGACCGCUAUACGAAACAGUGAAGAACGCGCUCCAGGACUUCACAGUGCUCCCUACGCCCAUUUAAGGUUCACAGAGCGCCGCCGAAUCGGAGCGACAGUGAACUGAAUAACACCCGUCAAGAUUUCGAUCGGCGGAGCUUAUACGCUGAACAGACUGAAAUGACUUAGUGUAAAUGACAAUAUGCGUUCGUUUAGUGGAUGCGCAGACAGUUACAAAAUUGCUAUUCACCAAAGAUAACCAAAUGCGGCUACCGAAAUGUUCUUUCCGUGAAUUUCAUGGUUUGUCAAAGUGUGCAGUGUGUUGGCCGCUUAUGUCGAGCUAUUUUCGGACAGUAUGUGUUCUACUUAGGUAACGAUGUCUGUUUUGUAAACAGUUGUAUACGAUGCGUGACUUUUUUAAAUUAAGUCAAGACGACACUCAAAAAUCGUUCGAUUUUAAGUAAAACUGGACUAAAUAUUAAACAUAAAUUUUAAACACUGUUACUCGUAUAUGCUUAUAAUAAAAAUAAUUGUUAGGGAAAGUUUAUACUAUAUGGUAUUAUGUAAGCGAUUUUAGCCCCACAAACACUUGUCAUGUUCGUUGUAAAUAGUGUACCUACCUUUCAAGAUUACAAAUAAGUUUUAUCAUUGAAAUUUAGACUGCUGUCGGGGCAGUCGCCAUUAGCCAAUAUCCAAAACAGACUCGGACUUAUCAGUCAGAAGUAUUAUAGAGAAUAAGAAAACUGUACUUAAUACUGUCUCUCAAAUUCUCAUACUGGGAAUGUGCCAAAUGAUACAGACACAGCAGCCCCUGUUCGCUGAUAUAAUUAAGACUAAUGAUUAUAAACAUAGAAGUGUAAACAAACGAAAAUAACUCCUUAGAGGACUCUCUAGUCAGUUUUGUAAAUAAAAUUGUGAAUAAAAUAGUCGUCGCGUCGCAUGGACGUUUUUAUUUAUAUUAGGAAAUAACGAGAUCUCAUUAGAUCGAGUAAGUUAAUUCAGUCAAUAAUUGAUAACCAAUUUUAGGACUAAAUUAAUCCUUCUUUGUUAGCCAAUGUUCACUUGCUGUGAUUGCGUUACGUGUUAACUUAUUUAUUGUUACCCUACGGAUUGUGAUAGCUUAAUUGUCUCAAGUUAGUGUUAUUUUGCAUUGUUUACUUUUUAAGUACCUACGCUUGACACAAAUUACGUGCAAUUAUUGUUUCGAUUGUACUGCAUGAUUUGUUUGUUAUUAAGUUUUUUUUAGUGUAAUCGCCAAUUUUAUUACAAUAAAUUUUGUUUGGAAUCGCAUUGGAACACAGUGAAAUCGAUAAUAUUAUUCGCAUUUAAAAACUAAACCUAUUACUAUGUUACUACUCUGAUUGUCAUAUACGUUUCUGUAAAAUAUUGAGUAUGUGUUGUUAAAGAGAAUAAAAAUAAUAAAUACAU